AUGGCGGUGAUAGAGGAAGAAUCCGCCAGUGAAAGCGUCUCCAGAUCACAGCCAAACCCGGAGGCGGCUGCGCCGUCGGGGCACUGUUCCGAUGGAUACGAGACUGCCAGUGAUUCCGAGCUAAAUGAUUCCGAUAAAGACAAUGUCCCCGACAAUCGUAAUGAUUUAAGCAGUGUUAAAAACGUAGACGAUGUCAGUCGUGAGAUCAACGAAGGAGAAGGGAAGACUGAAACCACCGAGACUGAAGCGAAUGAGAAAAGGUUAGCCAAAGCCAAUGAUGCAAAACUUGAGGGGAAUUCAUUGUUUAAAGCUGGGGAGUAUGAAGAGGCAUUGUCCAAGUAUGAGAUUGCUAUACAAGUUUCACCAGAUGCUCCGUCAUCUAGUGAAAUACGGUCUAUAUGUCAUGCAAACAGAGCUGCUUGUUUCGCUAAACUUGGGAAACUUGAGGAGACGGUCAAAGAGUGUACCAAGGCGUUGGAGCUGAAUCCAACAUACAUUAAGGCUCUAUUAAGAAGAGGAGAGGCUCGCGAAAAGCUUGAGCAGUAUGAAGAGUCCAUUGCUGACAUGACUAAGAUCUUAGAAUUGGAUCCUUCAAAUGACCAAGCAAGGAGAAAUAUCAUUCGUUUGAAGCCAUUAGCUGAUGAAAAGAGAGAGAAAAUGAAAGAAGAGAUGAUUGGAAAAUUGAAAGAAAUGGGGAAUUCCAUUCUGGGCCGUUUUGGAAUGAGCGUUGACAACUUCAAAGCUGUCAAAGAUCCAAAUACUGGUUCAUAUUCCGAGUUCCCGUCGAAGGUCAGUGUCGAAAGAAGGGAAUUACAUGGGGAGGCUGAAAGUGAGAGGCCAAAGACAGGUGCUGGAGUGGCCGGAUUUUUUGGUGCUGACCGGCGCACGCGGCUGGAAUGUUUUUGGGGCUGGCCGGAUCGCCGUGCUGGUGUGGCUGGGUCGCAAGAGGAUGUUGGUCGCGUGAAGAAGAUCGUUUGGUCGCCCGAACCGUCGCUAGUUUUUAUUCUCGGCCACACCAUUCACGCACGUGGUGAACAGCUUGCGGCCUGCCGUGAGUUCAUAGCGAGAAGAAAUGGAAGCAGCAGCCUCUAUUCACGUCGGCGACUUCACGAAGCCACUGCCGUCGAUUUUCUUUUUUCGAGCAGUAGGUUCCCGACCGAAAUAGAAGCAGCAGCGGUCAUCGAGGUCGUCCUUGUCAGUGAGCAGUGGCCGGUUUCUUCUUUAGCUAGGCGGUUGUUUUGUGAUGCCAACAACGACAGUCGUAACUCGAGCCCCUUGUCGAGAAGUAGCAGCAGCCCUGCCGCCAGCUGGUUCGUCAUCGAACCGAGAGGCGGGCAGACCCUUAGCCGAGAGCCGAGAACCGUCUGA